CGUCUGCCGCGCCUCGUCCGGCGCCGCGGCGCCCCGCGAUGACGUCGACGCCUCCCAUUGGUUGGUUGUCCAGGGCCCGGCGGACUGGCUGCCUAGUCGCGGUGGCCCCGCCCCCGGCCCGCCGCGCGCCCGCAUUGGCUGUUGGCCCCAGCGUCGGCGGCGCGGGAGAUUCGCUGGACGGCCGCUGGACGCAGCGGAGGCCUGGCCGGCCCGCCAUGGAGCGGCUGCGGGAUGUGCGCGAGCGGCUGCAGGCGUGGGAACGCGCGUUCCGGCGGCAGCGCGGGCGGCGGCCGAGCCAGGACGACGUGGAGGCGGCGCCGGAGGAGACCCGCGCGCUCUACCGGGAGUAUCGUACUCUCAAGCGGACCGUGGGCCAGGCGGGCGGCGAGCCUCGCAGCUCCGAGUUGCUCCCCGCGGCCGUCGAAGAGGCACCAGAGUCCCACUGCUGGGGGCCCCACCUGAAUCGGGCGGAAACCCAGAGUAAACAACCUACGCCAGGGCGGAGCAGCCAGGGGUCGGUGCCGGACUAUGGGCAGCGGCUCAAGGCCAAUCUGAAAAGCACCCUGCAGGCCGGACCAGCCCUAGGCUGCAGACCCUGGCUUCUAGGAAGAUCCUCAUCCAAGACGCCCACCCCAAAUCCCCCAGGCACAAGGCCUGUCCCUACCUUUGCAGAAAAAGUCAGUGAUGAGCCUCCACAGCCCCCUGGACCCCAGCCAAGGCCAGGCCAGCUGCAGCAUCUGCAGGCAUCCGUGAGCCAGCAGCUGGCCUCCCUAGAUCUUGACUGGUUACAGCGAUGUCACAGUGAGAUCUCAGACUUCCUGGGGGCCCCCAAAGCCUGCAGGCCUGGCCUAGGCUCAGAGGAAUCACAGCUUCUGACCCCGGGUGAGUCAGCUGUCCUUGGUCCUGGUGCUGGCUCCCAGGACCCAGAGGCUUCAGCCCUCCAAGAAGUCAGCAUCAGUGCAGGGAGCCCCCAGCCCAGCAGCAGUCGAGGCAAGAAGCAGAGAUGGAACAAGGAGUUCUGGGGGAGCCCCGCACAGGUCCAGCAGCAGAGCAGCCAGGCUGGACACCCAUCAGAGGGGGCUGGGGCUGUCGCACUUGAGGAAGAUCCUCCAGGGGAACCUGUACAGGCACAGCCACCUCAGCCCUGCAGCAGCUCGUCGAUCCCCAGGUACCACAGACUCAGCACCUCCAGUCAAGCUAGGGUGGGGAAGGCUGAGAGCACAGCCCACCUGCAUAUCUCUAGGCUGGCCUGCCAUGAUAGGGGCAAUUAUGUACGGCUCAACAUGAAGCAGAAACGCUACGUGCGGGGCCGGGCACUCCGUGGCAGGCUCCUCCGCAAGCAGGCAUGGAAGCAGAAGUGGCGGAAGAAAGGGGAGUGUUUUGGGGGUGGUGGUGCCACAGUCACAAUCAAGGAGUCUUGUUUCCUGAAUGAACAGUUUGAUCACUGGGCACCCCAGUGUCCUCAGCCAGUAAGUGAGGAAGACACAGACCCUGCUGGCCCUGAGCUGUUGGUUCCUGCACCACAACCUGUGCCUGGGGUGCCCAGCCUGGCCUCCACCAUGCUGCCACUCUACUCCCUGGGGCCCUCAGGGCAGCUGGCAGAGACGCCGGCUGAGGUGUUUCAGGCCCUGGAGCAGCUGGGACACCAAGCCUUCCGUCCUGGGCAGGAGCGUGCAGUCAUGCGGAUCCUGUCUGGAAUCUCCACGCUGCUGGUGCUGCCUACAGGUGCCGGCAAGUCCCUGUGCUACCAGCUCCCGGCGCUGCUCUAUGCUCGGCGCAGCCCCUGCCUCACGUUGGUCAUCUCUCCCCUGCUGUCACUCAUGGACGACCAGGUGUCUGGCCUGCCACCGUGUCUCAAGGCAGCCUGCAUACACUCAGGCAUGACCAGGAAGCAACGGGAGUCUGUCCUGCAGAAGGUUCGGGCAGCCCAGGUACACGUGCUGAUGCUGACACCCGAGGCACUGGUGGGGGCAGGAGGCCUCCCUCCAACCACGCAGCUGCCUCCAGUUGCUUUUGCCUGCAUUGAUGAGGUCCACUGCCUCUCCCAGUGGUCCCACAACUUCCGGCCCUGCUACCUGCGCGUCUGCAGGGUGCUUCGGGAGCGCAUGGGCGUGCACUGCUUCCUGGGUCUUACAGCCACAGCCACACGCCGCACUGCCGGUGACGUGGCACAGCACCUGGCUGUGGAUGAAGAGCCUGGUCUCCAUGGGCCAGCCCCAGUUCCCGCCAACCUGCACCUUUCCGUGUCCAUGGACAGGGACACAGACCAGGCACUGUUGACACUGCUGCAAGGCGAACGUUUUCGAAACCUGGAUUCCAUUAUCAUUUACUGCAACCGACGCGAAGACACAGAGCGGAUCGCUGCGCUUCUCCGAACCUGCCUACAUGCAGCCCAGGGCCCAGGGCCUGGAGGUCGUGCCCCCAAAACCAUGGCCGAGGCCUACCACGCAGGCAUGUGCGGCCGGGAACGGCAGCGGGUACAGCAGGCCUUCAUGCAGGGCCAGUUGCGGGUAGUGGUGGCCACAGUGGCCUUCGGGAUGGGGCUGGACCGGCCAGAUGUGCGGGCUGUGCUGCAUCUGGGGCUGCCCCCAAGCUUCGAGAGCUACGUGCAGGCCGUGGGCCGGGCCGGGCGUGAUGGGCAGCCUGCCCACUGCCACCUCUUCCUGCAGCCCCAGGGCGAAGACCUGCGAGAGCUCCGCAGACAUGUGCAUGCCAACGGCACAGACUUCCUGGCCGUGAAGAGGCUGGUGCAGCGCGUGUUCCCAGCCUGCACCUGCACCUGCACCAGGCCGUCCCCAGAGCAGGAAGGGGCCAUGGGUGGAGAGAGACUUGUGCCCAAGUAUCCCCCUGAAGAGGCUGAGCAGCUUGGUGUCCACCAGGCAGCCCCAGGACCCAGAAGGACCUGCGUGGGCCAUGAGCGGGCACUCCCAGUACAGCUUACUGUGCAGGCUCUGGACAUGCCAGAGGAGGCCAUCGAGACUUUGCUGUGCUACCUGGAGCUGCACCCAUGCCACUGGCUGGAGCUGCUGGCGACCACCUAUAUCCACUGCCGUCUGAGCUGCCCUGGGGGCCCUGCCCAGCUCCAGGCCCUGGCCCACAGGUGUCCCCCUUUGGCUGCGUGCUUGGCCCAGCGGCUGCUUGAGGACCCAGGGCAGGGCAGCAGCUCCGUGGAGUUUGACAUGGUCAAGCUGGUGGACUCCAUGGGCUGGGAGCUGGCCUCUGUGCGGCGGGCUCUCUGCCAGCUGCAGUGGGACCAUGAGCCCAGAACAGGUGUGCGGCGCAGGACGGGGGUGCUGGUGGAGUUCACGGAGCUGGCCUUCCACCUUCGCAGCCCAGGAGACCUGACCGCUGAGGAGAAGGACCAGAUCUGUGACUUCCUCUAUGGCCGUGUGCAGGCCCGGGAGCGCCAGGCCCUGGCCCGUCUGCGCAGAACCUUUCAGGCCUUUCACAGCGUCGCCUUCCCCAGCUGUGGGCCCUGCCUGGAGCAGCAGGAUGACGAGCGCAGCACCAGGCUCAAGGACCUGCUCGGCUGCUACUUUGAGGAAGUGGAAGAGGAAGCACAGGGGCCAGGAGGCAUGGAGGACACACAGGGCCCUGAGCCAGGGCAGGCCAGACUCCAGGAUUGGGAGGACCAGGUCCGCUGUGACAUCCGCCAGUUUCUGUUUCUGAGGCCAGAGGAGAAGUUCUCGGGCAGGGCUGUGGCCCGCAUCUUCCACGGCAUCGGAAGCCCCUGCUACCCAGCCCAGGUGUACGGGCAGGACCGGCGCUUCUGGAGAAAAUACCUAAACCUGAGCUUCCACGCCCUGGUGCGCCUGGCCACAGAAGAGCUCCUGCAGGUGGCCCGCUGAUUGCACUGCGUUGGGGGAUGUCGGGUAGAGCUGGGGUUGUCUGCGGCUAGGGCAGUCACUGAAGCCCUGGGCAAAACCUGUUACAGGGUGUGAGGACGAGGAGACUCCAAAAUGCAGAAUAUAAAGUGCUCACAUUGUUUUUAUGGG